AUGAAAUUUAAAAAUCAAACACUUUCUACUAGGAGGAAAUUUAAAAAUCAAACACCAGAGACACUUUCUACUGAACUUGAAAUAAAACACCUUAAACAAAAGCUCAAACGCGAUAAUUACAUGAAGAAUUCAAAAAUAAAGGAAAAUGGUGGCGGUUUUAAAUUUAAAAUUAAUCAAACACCAGAAUCAUUUAAAAAUGAGCUUGAAUUUAAAAAUGAGCUUGUAAUCAAACGCAUUAACCCCAAUAAUUACCAACUUAAAAAUUACCAACACAAGUUUAGACCCGAAAUAAAACAUUCAAAUUCAUUGUCUAGCAACCUCAAACGAAUUAAUAUACCAA